CAGGCUGGGGGCGAGUUGAUUCUGGUCAGCGCAUAAAUUAACUUGGGUUUCUCGGACAGUGCAGGCUUCUGCCGCCUCUCCCACUCCUAGUCCUGAGUAAAGGAACCUGCAAGUGCAGACCCAGAGCAAAGGGUGCUCAGGAGAACCUUCCAGGUCUACAGAGAUGCCCAUCACUGUGGAUGACAUCAUACAGCUGCUGUGCCUCAUUUCCCAGAACAGAAGAAUGGAGGCAGCCAAGAGGCACUCUAGGACCGGUGCUGUGGCCAAAACGGCACUGGGCUCCAUUUUUGGUGGUUUAGUUGCUGGCCCAGCAGGAGCAGUCUUUGGGGGUGCCAUUGUGGGCCUGCUAGGUUCCUGGAGUAUGCAUGAUGAGUUUAAGCCAGUUCCUCAGAUCCUAAUGGAGUUGCCCCCUGCCAAAAAACAGAAGCUCUUUAACCAAGCAAUGGCCAUCAUCAGGAACGUGAACAAGACAGACCCUGGAGUGCUGACUCUGCUGGUCAUGGACAGCAUUGUGGUGCAGCAGAAACUCCUGGCCAUGUUAGAGGCCUACAUCUUCAAUGAGCUGCAGGCUGACAUCCGCUACCGUGACUAGGCUGCUUCCCCUGGGGAGUGGGGCUUUGUUUAGGUGAUUCUGUGACUCUCAGAAGGUGACUGGAGAAUGAGGGAUAUCUGGCAGAUCCACCUGAAAAACCUGCACUGACUUGGAGUGGAGCAUCCCACUGGCACGUCCUACUGGAGUGUCCUGCGGAACGGCUCCAGCCAUGCUGUGUGGUGGCCCAGCAGUCAUUUGAGGCAAGUGUCUUGAACUGUGUGUGCUGCUGUGCACUGGCAGCCCUUUACUGGGUGCUGACAGAGGCUCUGGCCACCCCAGCUUCCCAAGUACCCCUAUCAGGUGGGGACCAAAGGAAGUCCCCCCAGUAUAAUGAUGGCUGACUACCCUGCAUGCUUCUCCCCAUCUGAAGACUGUGCCUCCCUCAGGUACCUCUCCCAGGACUGGACCCUUUACCCUCUAGGGUCUUGGAGCUCAGAGCCAGCUCUACUGAGGGUGCCCUUCCCUAUUCAGGGUCUUCCCAGUCAUCUCAUGGAGGCAGUGGUUGGUCCUGAGUGAAGUCACAGAUGACAGGCAGGCUCCCCACUCUGCCACUGGCUGCACCCCCAGGCUCUCUUGGGUAACUCUGGUUAAGCGUCUAAGGUCUUCUUCCCUCAUAUGAAAAAUCAUAGCAGUUCUUUAGUUUUUACUUUUAUUGUCAGUUCUGGUCUCGUUUAGCUUUCUACACACAGGUAGCCUAAGUUAAUCGUACUAAAAUAUAUAUAU